AUGGAGGACGCGGGGGAGAGCCUCACCAAGGCGAAGCUGUACGCGAGCAUGUCCGACGACGACUCGUGGACGGAGAUGGGCGUCGGUGUCGUGUCCGUCGUCCUCCAUUCCUCCGCGGCGCUGGACGACGUCGGCGGCGGCGCGGAGGGGGCGGUGGGGCACUUGGAUAUCGUCGACAUCGACAACCCGGCGGAGCUGCUGAUGAGCACGCCCAUCACCCUCGCGGACGCCUACGUCGUGCACAGCGAGACCAUCCUGUGGUGGACGGACCCGCAGCUGGGCCGCUGCAUGGCGUGCAGCUUCAACACAAAGGAGGGCUGCGAGAAGAUAUACGGCGAGAUCGUGGCCUACCAGCGGUCCCGGAAGAGCGCCUUGUCGCGCGAAAUGAACGGCGCCGAGGCGGUGGGAGCGCUGUCCAUCUGCAGCCACUGGGCGGUGUGCCGCGAAAACCUGCCGGCGAUCCUUUCCGCCGUCACGACCAACGCCCAGCGCUUCGGCAUGUACGUGCGCGGCUGCGACGCCUACUUCAAGGAGCUCGCGGAGCUGUUUCAGGCGUGCCGGCGUGACGGGGACGUGCGCGGCAUGGACCUGGCGGGGCAGAUCACGCUCGCGCUGCUGCGCUCGCCGUUUAACACAGACGGAAAAAUAAUUGCACAAUUCGUGGAGAACUCGCUCGUUGACAUGUGCGUGGACAUCGUGCAGUACGCCAUUGGGCGGCGGGAGCGCAGCACGGGGUUUGUCAGCUUCGAGGAGCGUCGCGCGACUUUUCGCAACCCGCUGCAGCUCCCGGAGAGCCUCCUGGCCCGCAUUCACGUGCUGUACUCCUGCGGCUACCUCAAAGACCUGCUGCCGCUCAGCCUUGACGAGGCGGACGCCGUGCCGUCCUCGCUGCUCAGCACGUACCUCGCGUCCACCAAACUCCGUCUUGUGGAGGAAAUUUGCCGGUCGCCCGUAUUUAUUCCACGGGCGUUCAAGCGCGCCGUUGGCGACGUCGAGGACGCCUUCGAAGUUCUCGCCUUCAUUCACGACAUGAGCAAGACCAUUAAAAACACGAUGAUGGCACUGAACCUCAGAGCCUCGCUCUUCGAGGCUCUUGUGGAGGCCGGACUGCUGCCCUUUCUCCGCUUUGUGCUGGAGAACGCAAUACGCGCCUACGCGGCCACGCCGCAGCCGCAGCCAACACCCUCCGCACCACCGCACCCGCCCCGCACGACGCCUGGAAUGGCGAUGCAGAUGGCGUGUGACAUUGUCUGCAGCUGCAUCAUGCUAUACCCAUCCGGGCGUGGCGCACUGGUUGCGGAGGCGUCUGCGAGCCCCGACGGCUGUCUCUUGGAGCUGCUGCUGCAGUGCAUGGUGACGAGCCAGCGCGGCACGGAGCUGCAGGCGGCCGUGGACGCGGUUGUGAGUUGCGGGAUCGGCAUGCUGCAGUACGUGCCAGACCUCAUGGAAAUGGGCGGCGCGACAAAGAGCGACGUGGUACGCUUCUGGGUGGAGGGGGCGCUGGGGCGACGGCCCCCGCUGCUUCCGCUCGCCGCCUGCGUCGCCACGACGCUCGCCAGCGGGGAGUCGAUUGCACGCGGCUCCCACGAGGAGGCGCGGGUGCUGCACGCGUUCAAGGUCCUCACCGCCAUCACGGACGACAUCAGCGAGGCGCUGAGCGCCGCCUUUGCAAACGUCUUGGUUCGGGCGGACUUGCCAGCGGGCCUUGACGCCGCACUGCGCUCAAAGGUCCGCUCGAGUGCCAACGUGCAGUCUUCUGUCGUGGCCUUUGUUGCGGCCGUGCUAAACAGCGGCAAGCAGCGCAUCGUGGAGAAACUGCUCGGCGACGGCACGCUGCUUGACACAGCAGCCCGGCGCUACAUGGCGUGUGCGUGGCGUAGCAACGUCCUCAGCGCGUCGCUGGCGCAUCUGCUGGACUCUGUCUGUCGCUCGAUUCACCGCGAGAAGAGUGAGAGGGCGCGGGGCGUCCCCCAACCAGCCGGCAGCCCCUUUCUGCACCUGCUGCACAGCGAGGACGAGGAGGAGGAGCCCCCAGACAGCUGCGGCAACGGCGCGGCAGACGAGGAUGAGCUGCGGCAGCGGCAGCGGGACGGCGCCGGGAAGGGCGCUGGUCUUUGCCAGUCACUCGGGACCCGCCUCUGGGCCGCGCACGGGGAGGCGCUGCGCGCCCGCUCCCCCGCCCUCGCCCUCAGGCUGGAGCACGCGCUGCAGGAGACGCCGGAGGAGGCGCGCUCCGCCGACGCCGAGACGUCCAGCGUGGCGAGCACGCUGGAGCGCAGCAUGCGGGGCAUCUCCGAGCUCGAGUUCGACGCGAUGGCGGUGGAGUUUGGCGUCGAGGUGCUGCCCCCGCGCCCCCUCGCGCCCGGCGGCGGCAGCAGCGGCACCCCCCGCCUCAAGAGCGGGCGCGAGGCGGAGAUCGAAGAGGCGGAGGAGGCGGAAGCGGAGGAGGCCACCGAGCCGCCACUGAAGCGCUCCCGCUCCGAGUCGCCGUCGUCGCCGUCGUCGCCGUCGGUUGGGCGGUAG